AUGGGAGAACGCGGUUUAAUUGGAAAAAAUAUCAGAAAGAAAGCUCCUGAAAACCCCUUUUAUCGAAAUGGUCCAAGGAACGCUUCAAGCGCACAAAGACGAAAAUCUAAUGAUUAUGGCGCAGCAAAAUUUCCAAAUAAGGAGACAAAAGAAACCAAAGCUCAAUCGACAAAGAAAAAUCAUGCAAAGUCAGAAAGAUACGGUCAAGUAUUAUCCGACAAUGAACCUGGCGAUUAUAAUGAACAUGAUGAUCAUGAUAUUAUUGAAGAGGAAAACGAAACCAACUACGUUACUAAUGAUGGAAGAAGUACUGGGAGCAAUGAUAUGGCUGAACUAAUUGGUCUCCUUCAAACAAAAACUAAGAGAAGUGCUACAUUGAAAUUUAACAAAUUUGAAAAUGAACAACAAGCACGGUUGGAAGAAGCUAGGAAAAUGAUCGAUGGUGAAAAUGGAAUUAUAGCCGCAUGGGCUACAGAAAUGGAAGCAAUUACAUUUACUGCAAAAAGAAAGAUUGAUGAUCGAUUAGAACAAGAGAAUGAAUAUAUUAAGAAACUGAAACUCGAGCUUGAGAGAUAUCAGGCAGAUGCGAUCGACGAAGCUGAAUUAAAUGAAGCGUUAGAACAAUUUAUUAACCAGCAAAACCAUGUUCAUUCAGAAUUAUUGCAUAUAAACAAGGAAGAUCAUGAUAUGAAAGCAAUUAAAAAGCGGUUAUAUGAGUGGUAA